CACACACACACACACACACAACACAGCCUGCCUUUGCGGAAGUCGGAGGUGCUGAGGCGGCGCUAAAAGGAAAUUAGCAUACCCGCUUCGCGGCGCCCGGAUGCGGAUGGAAGGGUGAGCAGAGACCGCAGGGACGUAAUCCUCUCGACCAGAAAAGACACAGCCGAGUGCGGGCUUCACCUCUACCGGUUGUUCCUCGACGUCCGCCAGCCGAGGAGAUGGGCGACAAGGCGGGCACAAGAGUCUUCAAGAAGUCCAGUCCAAACUGUAAGGUGACGGUCUACCUGGGGAAGAGGGACUUUGUGGACCACCUGGACCACGUGGAUCCAGUAGACGGCGUCAUCCUGGUGGACCCAGAGUACCUGAAGGACAGGAAAGUCUUCGUCACGCUGACGUGUGCCUUCCGGUAUGGACGCGAGGACUUGGACGUCUUGGGACUGUCCUUCCGCAAGGACCUCUACAUCUCCACCUUCCAGGCUUUCCCGCCUGUCCCGGAGGAACGCAAAGCCAACAGUCGCUUGCAGGAACGUCUCCUGAAGAAGCUGGGACAACACGCACACCCCUUCUACUUCACGAUCCCCCAGAAUCUUCCGUGUUCUGUCACCUUGCAGCCCGGACCUGAGGACACAGGCAAGGCAUGUGGCGUGGACUUUGAGAUCCGAGCGUUCUGCGCCAAGUCCAUGGAGGAAAAGAUCCACAAGAGGAACUCUGUGCGUCUGGUCAUCCGAAAGGUUCAGUACGCUCCAGAGAAGCCGGGUCCUCAGCCCAUGGUGGAGACCACACGCAGCUUCCUCAUGUCGGACAGGUCGCUGCACCUGGAGGCGUCGCUGGACAAAGAGCUCUACUACCACGGCGAGCCCAUCAGCGUCAACGUGCACGUGACCAACAACUCCACCAAGACGGUGAAGAGAGUGAAGAUCUCAGUGCGUCAGUAUGCUGACAUCUGCUUGUUCAGCACGGCCCAGUACAAAUGUCCCGUGGCCCAGCUGGAGGCAGAUGACCAGGUGUCGUCCAGCUCCACCUUCUGCAAAGUCUACACGCUGACGCCCACGCUGGACAAGAACCGCGAGAAAAGAGGACUGGCACUGGAUGGCAAGCUCAAGCACGAGGACACCAACCUGGCCUCGUCCACCAUCGUCAAGGACGUCACCAACAAGGAGGUCCUGGGCAUCCUGGUGUCCUACAGAGUCAAAGUCAAGCUGGUGGUUUCACGCGGAGGGUACGUACGACGUCACCCCGUCGUUUUUGCAAGCCGCUCACUUCCUGUUUGGUGUCGUCGCCAUAGAGACGUGUCGGUGGAGCUGCCCUUCAUCCUCAUGCACCCCAAACCUGCUGACCCCCCCACAUCGCGCCCCCAAUCAGCUGUGCCGGAGACGGACCCGCCCAUCGACACCAACCUGAUAGAAUUCGACACAAACAGCGUCUCCCAGGACGACGACUUCGUCUUUGAGGACUUUGCCCGCCUGCGACUCAAAGGCGCGGUGGAAGACAAGGACGAGGACUGCUAGGAGCGCCCACACACAAACAAACGCACACACUUGCGUGCACACACACACACACACACAUACACACACUUACACACACACACACACACACUCACAUUACAUUCCGGGGUGGAGGGACAGAUGCUGCCAUGUUUGGGCGGAGCCUCGCGGUGCUCCUUCCUUCCUUUGGUCACUGGGCCGCCGUUCUUGCUGCCAUCUUUUUUGUGAGUUGUUUUGAUUUGCCGGGCGGCGCUUGUGAGGAAACAAUGAAGCCGACACGAACAUCUGUUGCUCUUUUAUUUUGAAAUCCUUUGAAUGUUGAUGGCGUCCUGGGGCGACGGUUAGUAGACUGCACGGGGACAGCGCAGCGGCAACAUUCCAGCAUUAUUUUCACAUUAGCGCUCACACAGGAAGUGGUGUCGCUGCUAAAGGUGUCCUUCUAACCCUCCUUCACUUCCUGUCAGUCGGCGGCGAGCGGUGCCUUCUUCCUGUCUUUAUUCACUGUUAAUAAAUGCCAAUUAACCCCCCCGCCCCCACCAGAAGGAAAAACAUGAACUUGUUCCAUUGAUGUCUUAUUUUGAAGCCACCAGCGUCACCUCGCCGCCGACCCGAGACAAGACGCAUGACGGAACAUGUUCUCGCGCUCCUGUGGCGGAAGGAAAGAGGCGGAGCAUGUUUGCUUUUUCCCCCCCCCGAGCAGUGCUGUGAAUCGUCGUGGUCGUCGUGACUCGUUUGGUCGUGCAUGUGAGCUAACUUUGCCAACAGGAAGAUUGCUUUGAUGCUUUCCACGCUUGUAAUCAUUUCAUUGUUUUUUUUUUAUUUCACUUUGUUUUUAUGAUUAAAGGUGAAAUUAACAAGCGUGCUCGUGUGCUGCCGACAGCAAGU